AUGGCCAUGUCCAGUAUAAUCAGCCCUGCCGCGGCCAACGUUCAGAAACAGCAUUUCAACUCUCCAUCCGUCGAAAUCGCAAUCCCUCAGCCUGUGAUCACUGUCGCCAACGAAAGAUUCGAUGCUCCGGGAGCUAGCCUUGCUCAGCCUACUGUUUGGGAGAAGCCUUUCCCAAAGCUCGAGCGAGAAGAUUUAGUGGACCUCUCCGCGGAUGCUUUUUUGGAGCUCAUCAUCGGGAACAAGAUUGGGUUGGGUUCUGGGUCGUCAGGUUCAAAUUUGGAGGAACUCCUUUCACCCAGAUCCAGCAGAUUAGACAUUCUUGACUACAUCCCGGAGGAAGGGACGGAUCAGCACCAAUUGGAUGAACCGCAGAUCACUCUUGAAAUAUCGGAUGACGUGAAUGCCCUCUCAGCACUUACAAAGAGCCCUCAAGGGAUAUCGUCAACUUAUGCGGCUCUAAAAGCCAUACAGCGGAUCGAUGCGAAAGCAGGUGGUUGUUCCGAGCAAUUUUCGAUUUUUCCGCCCCAAGAAAGAGCAGGCGGAAGAUUAUUUGAGGUGCCGUGUUUGGCAACUACUAUCGACCUUUGCUUGCCUUUCCCGUCCCACAAAGCCCGGAAAUAUCCGGCUCGGAACUUCUUGAUGCAUAUCUUGCUAAUUUCCAUCCCUUUGUUCCUUUACUUGACGAAGCUUCAUUUCGAAGAACCUAUUUCUCAUUAUAGCAGCAAGCAAUCCAAAAGUCUUAUUCCACUUCACGUAUCAUCGGAGAGCAAUGUCACACGUCAAACUCGCUUCACUAAGAGCGACUAG